GACAGUUCCUGCUACCUCACAAAAUUGCCACCCAGCCACAGCACCCCCCGCCCCGCCGCCGCCGCCUCUAACCACCUGCACCUCCCCGUGCCAGAAAUUCUUUCUCCGUACCCGUCGAUUCGCGGGAGGCAGCCAUGGAGCACGGUUCGGUGGCGGAUUCGAGCGCGUCGACCUUCUCCAUCAUGGAGGAGGAUCACACCCUCGCCAACUCCGUCAGAUUUGUCCUCAACCAGGACCCAAGGGUAGCAUUUUGUGGAUAUAGCAUCCCUCAUCCUGCUGACAACAAAGUCAACAUAAGAGUUCAGACUACAGGAGAUCCAGCAAAGGAUGUAAUGAAAGAUGCUUUACAGGACUUGAUGGUGAUGGGCCAGCAUGUUACGGUUUCAGCAACCUGCUGGAUUCUUUGUUGUGCAUGCGUGAUGACGAGAUUUGGUGUCGGCUGCUUUAGAUAUACUCAAGGGUUCAGGUGAUUACUGCGGUUCCGGGACGCUGGUCCUUAGGGGCAUGUGCACAAAGUCUUCCCGGCCAGUUUCGGUAGGGGAGCGGCAACAUCAACGUGUCGGCAGCUCAUUCUAGCGCUGGUAGUGGUUAUUCCGUGGUCUAGAGACUUCGAUGUAAUUUUUAUAAUGUUUGAGGUGCUUUGUACUUGUGAUAAACUUUAUAAUAGAUUGGAUCUUUUCACAAAAAAAUGCAAAGAAAAUGUAUGCAGAUGAAA